UGUCACAGCAGGAGAAUAUACGAGUCGGUGGGAAUUGAGGAAUUGAGGACAACAGUACAACCAACCCUUCCUCCUGUGUGUGUGUAUAUAUAUAUAUAUACUGUAUAUCCAAAAGGCUUUACCUUUUCAUGAUGGUUCAUAAAAGGGUAAAUUAUCUGAAAGUGAUAGCACAUUCAUUGAAAACAAUGACAAGGCAGAUAUGUUGUUGCCAUUCUUUUAUCCGCUUAUCCUUUAUUUCAUGCGUUUCCAGGGCCUAAUGCCUGCGCUACAUUUUUUUAAGAACUAAAAUAUCUCAGCAAGGCUAACUGUCAAUAUCGCAGUGACGCUGCAGCCCGAUAAAUGACAAUACAACAGACUUGGUCGUAAACACACCACAGAAACACUCGAGGUCACUGAGUAUUAGUGAUUCUUUUUUUUCUUCUUUUCGUGCGGAUGGGUUGUUAUCGCGAGGAACUCUGAAUCUCAAGAGGUGAAGUGAAGCGAGAGUGUUUUUCAACAUCGACGCUUCUAGGGUGGCAUAGAAAGAGGAAUGUCUGCAGGCUCUUAACAGGAAUCUUAACUACUUAUAUGAUACAUUAGAUAUUACUGUGUGUGCAGAUCCUUCGCGUUGACGUUCGCUGCUCGUCACACAUCUGUAGCCCCCUGGAAUCCCGUUUUCAGCACCUGGACAGCUCCCGAUAGUGAACCUCUUCUUCUUAUUAUCGGGCACAUGGAGUCCCUGGUGUGAUUGUGGGGGAAGCCCCGCAAGCACAUCAUGCCUCCCUCCGAAGAUGUCGUUAUCUCCCCGAUUCAGUAACAGCCGUCGUCGUCUCCGCUGAAGGAUGCUGCUUUCAGUCCGGAGUAGGUGUUUUCGUCGUGCGCUGUCUUCUGAGAGGCGAUACGGGUGCUUGGCCAACGCACAUUUCAGGGGAAUCGCAGCCUACACACAGCAAGAUCGGAGCUUCUCUCACACCGAUCAUCAUUAUCGGCGAGAAGGGAGAUAUUACCAACAUCACUGCGAGGGCGAAGGAGUCACGACCGCACUUAACACAAUGUAGAACACAUGCGAGGUGUGGUAUGAGCCAGGUCUCUGCAGUGGUGAAAUCACAUUUCACACUUGGGGUCAUUUAGUGUGGACGUCUAUUUGCAGCAACAAGACCUCAACAUGAGCAACCACCAGGCUCCUCCCAAGGCCGGAGCCUCGGAGCUGGAGGUGAUCUCCCAGCAGGUGGAGGAGGACAACCAGUGCAUGGCGCCUGUCCAGCUGGUCAGCUUCGCCUACAGAGACUUGCCUUUGGCCGCCCUGGACAUAUCCCUCGCUGGAUCCCAGCUCAUCUCGAACCCAGACGAAGAGGACAACAGAGAGGGGUCGAACUGGCUAAAGCCAUGCUGUGGGCGAAGGGCAGCGCUGUGGCAGGUCUGCCUGCUGUCGGUGGGCUUCAACUGUUUCCUGGUGGCCUGUGUCAUUCUGGUGGUGGUGCUGCUAACCCUGGAGAUGCUCAUAGACAUCAAGCUGUUGCAGUUUAAUAAUGCAUUCCACUUUGCCAGCAUCAUCCACUGGAUCAGCUUGGCUAUUCUCUCUGUGUUCUUCACUGAGACGGUGUUCAGGAUCGUGGUGCUGGGGAUAUGGGAUUACAUUGAGAACAAAGUAGAGGUGUUUGAUGGAGCUGUCAUCGUCCUGUCCCUGGCCCCCAUGGUGGCCUCCACAGUGGCUAACGGCCCCAGCAGCCCCUGGGACGCUAUCGGUCUCAUCAUCACACUGCGCAUCUGGAGGGUCAAGAGGAUCAUUGAUGCCUAUGUGCUGCAAGUGAAGGUGGAGAUGGAGCUGGAGAUCCAGCAGUAUGAGAAGGGCAAGGCGGUGAGGGAAGAACAGCUGGACCGCCUCACCCAGAUCUGCCAGGAACAGGCAUUUGAAAUCAGGCAGCUGAGGGCCCACCUGGCCCAGCAGGACCUAGAUCUGGUAGCAGAGCGUGAAGCAGCCAUGCAGAUCCACCACAUGUGGGGUAAACAGAGCAACAGUUUCCAGGAGGUGGACGGACUGGCCUCUGGGGCCUCAGAGCAUCACGGGCCAGCUAAAGCAAGAGAGCCUGGGGGGCCUGCAGAUCACCACGGUCAUGAUGACAUGAACAACUACAUCAGCCAGUACUACAGUGAGGCAAGCAGCGAUAUGGGGAUCCCAGACCCUGCACGAGUCAUCACCACAGCAGCCAUAGAUGUGCACCUGCCUAACAACCCCAGCCAGCUUCCCUCCUCUUUGGUGAGUGUAGACGCAGCGUCGUCCAGUCGCUUGCGGCGCACCGGCAGCUCCGUCAGCGAAGCGUCCACCACCACGGUGUCCCGCAGCAGCUUCAGCAUCCGGCAGCACAGCAUCAGCAGCCACACGCUGGGCUCCACCACGGAUUGCAGCUCUACAGUGCGCGAGGCCUCCACCUCCACAGAUUACAGCGACCAACGCUGCUACCCUCCGCCGUACAGCAGCCCUCUGGCCCUGGGCGCUCAGCCGCGUGGCAGUCCCAGCGCUGUGAUGCAGGAGCUGCUCUCCUCUCUUUCUGAGAAUACCUGUCUCACCCCGAAGGGCCUAGACCCCGUCAACCUUAAACCACCCAGCCCAGCGGGUUCCACCAAAACCAGCCCUGAGCUGGAGCACAGGGUCAACAUCUACAACAAGAGGAACCAGGAGAGCAGAGUCGGGCUGCACUCCAAGCCUCUCAUCCAUCUGCAGGGCAGAGAGCCUCUUCUAGAGGAGAAGUACAGGAUGAUGGAGCCAGUGGACAUGCCGGUCAACCGUCUGUCAGAGACAUAAGACUCACUUCACAGGACUCGCUCUACUAAACUCUGGUGUUGUUGGGAGUCACUGGCACAUAAACGGUGUCCGUCAUCCUCUUUGUACUGUUGGGACUGAGAGGAUGAACUUGCCAGAGCAGCACAAAAACAGAGGGCAUGAAGACUGGAGAAGGCAAAUGUGUUAUCAGGCAGCACUUAUCAGGAAUUGACACUCACAAAAAACACUUUUUUGAGUUUUAUGAAAAAUUUUACCAAAAGAAACCAGCAACCGGACUUGAGCCCUAACAUUUUCAGAAAACUGGUUUGCGCAGAAGAUGAAAAAAUCUGGCUUUUUAUACAUUAAGUUGUAGUUUGAUUUCUAGGAAGUGAAAGCAGUGAGGGAGUGGUGCUGAGGGCUUAGCUCCUUUGAUGCACUUUGUAGGAGUUGGAGAUGAUGAACAGAUGAGAUCACGAAGGCCACAAACGGUGAAUCAAACUUUCCACAAGCUACAAAUCCUGGAUAUAUCAAUGUGCAGGUGUAUCUGCUGUUUAGAUGGUCAGUUUAGUGUCUCCAAACUCACAAAGAACAGUCCUCUUUGAUGGGACUGCUGCAGGGUACAUUGGAUCAGUCGCAACUUCUUUCUAAUCUUUGUCUUUCUAUAUUAGCAACGUUAACAUUUGUAUCUUAAUUCUAGGAGUAGAAAGAGCGUGGCAGACUUUUGCCUGGUGGAUGAGUGUUUUUAUCCAGGUGCCACGACUAGAUUCUGACCAAACCCAGCUGACUCAGUGUUUACUGAGAUUUUGUCCCACACAUACCAAAUUAUGAUACAUCAUUUGGGUCUAAAAUAUGUUUUUAUGAUUUAAAUGUUUAGAAGAGAUAUAUAUAUAUAUAUAUAUUUCAGAAUGGGUUUAUCACAGCCACACUUGGUGAGGGACUUGAAGUGGAGCUACACUAACAUGUCAAAAAGUAAAAUAUAGCAUGAACCUUCAAGAUUAGCCUCUUAUUGAAACCAACCCUGUUUGUUGUUCUGUUGACAGACAUUUUAUCUUGAUUGUGGAAAGAGGGCAUUGCAAAAUGAAUCCAAUAAAGAGAAAACAUGGCAAAAUGAGAA